AUGGAUCUCCACAAGAUGUACUCAGAUUCCCGCACAGCAGCCGAAACUUCUCUACGCAGAAAAAAAGGAGCCGCUACCGUACAUGUUCUGGGAGAUCUCCUCCGAGAUAAAUUAGUCCGGAAGCUGAGGGAACACAAGUUCAGUUUGAUAAUUGAUGAAAGCACGGAUUGCUCAACGAGUAAAACACUUGCUAUCGUUGCCAAAUAUUUUGAUUUUAAGGAAAAUUCAUUUAAAACAGAGAUGCUUGAUAUGAUUAAUAUUUACAAUGGAAAUGCAGAGGGUUCAUCAUGGGAGAAUUUAUUUAAUAUCAUAAUCAAAACACUAAAUAAUUUUCAGAUACCUUUAAGUAAUGUUACUGGGUUUGCAGCAGAUGGGGCAUCAAAUAUUUCUGGUAGAAUAAAUAGUGUCACCAGCAGACUGAGGCAAGAGAUGCCAGGAAUAACCAUAAUGAAAUUUGUAUGUCAUAGCAUUCAUCUUUGUUCUAGUGAGGCAGCAAAGGCGCUACCACGAUCUUGUGAAGAUUUGGUCCGGAACAUUUAUAACUUUUUUGCUCACAGUGCCAAAAGAAACGCCGUAUCUCGAGUUCUGGAGCAGUGGCAACCUCUUAAACUUUAUUUUUCUAACAUAGUUGAAGAAGAGAGGUUGAUUGCUGUUGGAAAAUUUCACAUGGCACUAAAAGAUCAUUACAUUUGCAUUUAUCUAAAUUUCAUGAACUACAUCCUGCCUCACUUGGAUAGAGAAAUUGACCCUUCCGAUCCAGCAAACCAUUUGCCUGUAAAUCAAAUUUACCUUGGUUUCAAGCCUCUGAAUAUCUUAGAGAUCCUCAGUUUAUUCCUACAGUGA